AUGGCGCCCAUAACAGACCUUGAUUUCUUGAACGAUGCGCUGAAGAACAAAACACGACUUCCAUCAUGGAAAUCAACAUUUGCCCGCCUCACAUCCCCAAACCGACCCUCACAAGCAACAAUAAACUCCCUCAUCGCCUUCCUCACUUCACCAACCUCCAUUGACAGUCUCGCGCAAUGCUACUCCCCCUUCCCCCGCCCCAGCGCUGCGUCAAAGGUGGACUUUGAACGCCGCACCGCCGCGAUCAACUUCACGGCGGCAGACCUCCCCAUGCCGGGGAUCGCAGAGCUUAAAGGUGCUGCGCUGGAGCUUUCAAAAAGCUUAGAGAUUGACGAAGUCUCGGCGCUGCGUAUCGUGGUUCUUGAAUACCAGUCGCGGCCUGCAGCUGCUCUGCUUGCGUCCGAUGCGAAUAGCGGGGAGGAUGCGCCUGGCUCUCUCCCCACCCAAGUGGAGAAGCCGGUGGCGAGCAAGGAUGAGGAGUUUUUCAGUAGGGUCAGUGUGUAUAUGAGCGAACGGCGAUACAUCAUCAAGACUGCUACAUUCUUGGUGAGAGCUGCCAUCACGGCAGAUCGGAAGGAUAAUGUCUGGAGAGAGGUGGGCAAGCGAUUUGAGGUUGAGGGUAUUGUGGAGAAGGGCGGGUUGGCGGGGAAAUGCAUCGAUGGAAUUGCAGAAAGAUGGAAUGAGGGACGAAAGGGAGGGGAAGGACUACCAAAUUGGGUGAGGAGCAGGUUAGAGGAAAGCGCUUAUCCAAUUGCGUAUAAGUGGGAGCAACAGACACUAUGGGAGAUUCUCCACCUUCUCCAACUCAUCUUCAUUCUCCUGUAUAAAUCACUGGAGGAUUCCAGUGCGACCCUAGUAAUCAAAUGGUUCAAUCUUAUGAAAGAAACCGCCUUUCUUUCUCACAGAACAUAUGUACCUUUCCCAGAAGCAUUCGAAAUAAUCAAUCUUUAUAAAUUCACGACCCCUCUCACAUCCAUAAUCUCAACAACUAUCCUCCAGCACCCCAGAACCGAAAGACAUCUCCAGGAAGAAUACAUCCGCACCUUCUCCGCCGAAUCUUCAGCCACCCCACCAGCACACGGCCCUGCCCGCCGCGCACCACCCCCUGCAGACGAUAGUAGCUUCUAUAUUGAAAGCCCCAAGGCAAUUAAAGCGGUUACCUCGUGUUUUAUAACAACAAGCUCUGCCCCAGGCGCUGCAAUCCCUGCUCUUGCUUGGUCACUCAUUCUCCUCGACAUAAUUUCCUUUGUGAAUGCUGCUUCGCAGGAAGAGGAUUCGGAUCCGUUCAGCAAUGCAUCAGCCGGGAGAGGUGAACGACACCCCACAGUUGAGCUGUAUGAGAACGUUCUCUCAGGGCUGUUUGAAGGAGGUAGCGCAGAGAAGGAAAUUAAGAGACUCGCAAACAGCGUUGUGAGGGAUGCUCUAGAGGCGAUAGUACUAAUGAUCGAGCCUUCCGGUACUGUUGGUGACGCCUUCUUGGGCGUCAAGUUCUGGAUUGGCAGCGAGGAAGAUGGGAAUCGGAUGAAAAACGUGCUUGCAUCACUUGUUCGGAAGGCGCUGCCGGAUCUUAGUAUCUCCGGAGAAGUGCUCAUGACAGUACUAUUGGUACAUGAGUUGCAGUAUAAUGAUCUUGCUUCAUAUAUCAGCUUCCUCGAUGACGAGGCUGAGAAGGGUGGUGAGGACUCAACGGGAUGGACUGGUUCUGCAGCGGGGCGCUUUAUGAAGCAUGGUGAAGCAAUGAGGUUCCUGAGGCGUGCGAAGAAUAGGUUUCCAUAUGAACCUAUACUCUUCUUGAGGCUUAUUCGCGCAUUGGCCUUCGAGAGCGGCGAGGUAACAAAGGAUCUGGUCAAAAUGGAUACCUAUACUCAAGUCUUACCUCCGGGUUUUGAGGAUUAUGAUGUUGAUAAUGAGGAUAGCGACAUUGGGAGAAUACAGCUUACGAAUGAUUUGCUAGUGUUUGCCCCCCGCGACGGAGGCGUGUUCGAGGAUGAGUAUGCACCUCGAGGAGGCAUUGUAAUACCCGCAGGGACUAUUGGAGAAAUCACAUCCACGGGGGGCGGUAGGCUUGUCGUUGCAUGGAAACAUGAAUAUAAUGCUCUCCCGUUAUUCGGUAGAGUGCUGGAAUAUGCACUUAUCGGCGAAGGUUCUGACUCCGGAGCUGGAGGGCUCAUGGCGGGAGAACUGGGGACGGGCGAGACUGCAACCGAGAUAAUUAGCUUGUUGACAAUGCUUAUUGCGUCUGGGACUGCGAGACCUGACAAAGCUGCUGAGGGCUUUGAUGUUGCACGGAUUCUCGAGGAGGCAAGCGAUAAUGUUGGAAGAAGUCGCGACGUAGUCUCAAUUAUAUUUGAUCUCCUCGAAGCCGGGUUACAGGACACUGCUCAAUCGAGCAAUACCGGCAAAUCAACAGAAUUCAUCGUAGCCGCCCUGCAGUUCGUUGAUGCGCUUAUUAAGAUUAUUCCCGGACGAGUAUGGCCAUUUAUUGCACGGAGUACCAUUCUCGAACGAAAUGGUCGUGGGGGUGCCUUUGUGAGUAUUUUGUCGGCAGUGGAAGUUGUGCGUGGUGAUUAUGAAUUCACUGUCAAUUGCUUGAAUUUGUUCGAGCACCUCAUUGAAGAGGCAAUCCAGAGUAGUGUUGUGAACAUGGGUGGAAGCCGUUCUCUCCAGCUUGCAUCGAUGGCUUCGAAUACUACCACAAGAUCCGGGGUUAGCAUGUCGGUCCAGAGAGAGAUCUUGACUAGCUGGACCAGGGUCACUGUUGAUGUGUUCGAGAGUUACAGAGGAUGGAAAUAUGUCAAUCGCGAACAGAGAUUAGAUAUUGGUCGACGUAUUGCAAGGAUAUUCUCAGCGAUUCUUCUCCAGGUCUACGGUGUUGAUGACUCGACGGAUAUCAACGCGAAAGUCACAAAUGUCUUGGGACCUAGCGCUGAACACCUUGUAAAGGUUUUCCUUUCAGAAAGUGAGAGUGAGCUCCCUAUGGAACCGAUCAUUGGCGCCAUUCACGACGGGCUUGAGACUCCCGAGACAAGCUUGCAUUUGAGAUCUUUGAAUGGAUGGAUCGAGCAUAGCAUCGCGAUAAUAGGAUUCGCAGAGGUUUGUAUCAGGGUUAGAGGGUACCUAGAUCUGCCCUCUUCGCAUCUAGAGAAGCAGAUUUACGGUGUCACUGCAUCUUUGGCAAAACUUUAUGCCACACAUGAUCGGUAUAGACAACCUGUUCUCGAGCUCUUUGAGAGUCUUGUUGUUGCGUCUGGCACAGCGCCUACUGAACCCCCAUCUUUGUUGGGUCAUCUUGGAGCAGAGUGUGCAAGCCAUUUUGCCACAGUAUUGAGAGGCCUUGAUAAGCCAUUCGACGACGAACUCCUUGAAUCACGGAUAUGGGGCUUCGUGUCUGCUGUUGUCAGCAACAAACAGCAAGGGCUUUCUAUACUACUGCUGCGCGGCGAGACCCUCUGGAAGGGCAAUCUCAGUACCCGGGAUAAAGCUCCAAAGAAUUCGCUGUUAUCGGUUGCGCUGGACUCAUUGUCAGACAUUGAUAAAUUAUCUGCUGGAAGAUCAUUGGCCAUGCUUGAAGCUGUUGCCCUCUCGCAGAAUUUCUGGAGUCUUGCUAUGGAGGACUUGGGCAAACACCCGAAGUUUAUCAAAGCCAUCACAAGCCACAUUGAGUCUCUAACAAUUGAAUUCCUCCCCGCGGAUUCAAAAGAGAUCAUCACGGAAAAGGCCAACAAGACUGCUGUUGCUGGAUGCAUAGCACAACUCAUUGCGAUGCAUCUUCAUAGCAGGCAACCAUCUGUACGGGAGCCAGGUUUUAUCAAGAACUUAAUACCAAAACUGAGAUUCUACUUUGAGAGUGCGGUCAAGAUUAGUGGUUAUAGGGCGUCGCUGCACGGACAUUUGCAGAAGAAUUUUGAAGAAAAAUGGCCAAGUCUAACUUUGAUGAAGUUGAAGAAGACGGGAUUGAGGAGAAGAGAGUACGGAACGGGAUACUUUUAUGACAUGGAGUUGGCGGCGAAGGUUUUAGGUUUUGAUCCGAGCUGGGCUGGGAGAGCGGAUGGUUACGCUAGUGAGGUGGAGCAGGCAAAUCUAAACCUGUCUUUGGUCGAUUCCCAGGUGGUUCUCUUACGAGCAUGGCAACUGUUGGCUAUAGAGUUGUGUGAUUUUGUUUCAACCUCAAAAGAGUUAGAACAACCCUUAAUAGAUCUUGUGGAGAGCUGUUUGGCGGCAAAUAUCGAGUCUGGUUUUCGAACACCAAUCUUCACCAAAAUCAUCUGCGAGCGGGCAGAGUUUGCGUUUGUUAUCAUGCGCAGGCUCCAACAAUCCAUCUCCACAGCCAAUUCUGCAAGCCACUUCGAUCGUAUCCUAGAUCUCGCAUGGAAAAGCAUUCUUCCAGGCCCAGAGUUUAGACAAUCUCUUGCGACUGCAAAUGUUGGCUAUUAUCGACCAUUGCUGCGGAUCCUUUACAUUGCACUCCACUCAAAUUCCACCAAGGAACAACUGUCAACAGCGAUGGCAUACACUAUUCUUGACAUUCUGAACCUGGUUGUUACCAAGGGCUUUAAAGAUCUUGCAACGGCUGCCCAUGACUAUCCCGAGACUACAAAUCCUGAUGACAUUGCGCUCAUUACGGCGAUACUGCAAGCUGCCUUAAAGCUGAAGGGAAUCGAGAUAAUCCACAGCGGAUUAAGUACCCACAUUCACGAAAAUGGCACAAUCAGAGUUGCUACCACGCUAUUUUCAUGGUCAGAACAGUUGGCAAUCGACGGCGACCCCGUGUAUGGAGAACUGAGUGCUUUGUUUCUUCUUGAACUAUCUUCGGUGCAAAUUAUUGCUGAACAACUUGCGGUCGAGGGGAUACUUGAACUUUUGGUCAACAGCUCCCUGUCAAACAAGAUCCGCCAAGGUGUAUCGCCAACUUCUGAUCCACGAUUAUACGCAAUCUGGAAUAGAGGGCUGCUGCCUAUUACCCUCAACCUCCUUACUCAUAUCGGACCGAGGAUCGCUAGGGAGGUUGUAGCAUUCUUGCAGUACUUUGGGCCACAACUGGAAAGUGCCGUUAGUGCAUGGCAAAGUCACACCAUGGUAACUCUAUCAGCUGUUAACGAGGCUACAACGAUUGUGAUGCUCAUGACAAUAUUGGCAAGAAUGGGUGUUAAGGUUGACUCAGAAGGAAGUGCGCAAGGACUUAAGUUCGACAAGGCAACACUUUGCGAACAGGUGGAUUAUCUUCUUACCCACAAGACCUUCCUCAAGACACUUAUCAUGCCGACAAAUCUGGAGGAAGAGGAAAUGAUGAAGAGAGGAGACUCAGAGGAUAAUGAGCUGACCGAGAAGGUCUUGAAUGACAUGGCGAUAUUACAGGGGCUUCUAUCGGAUGAUGAAGCAGAGGAGUAG